GAAUCCGGGCUGGGCAAGUCCACCCUGGUCAACAGCCUCUUCCUGACGGAUAUGUACAGAGACCGCAAGCUGCUGAACGCCGAAGAGCGCAUCACACAGACGGUGGAGAUCACCAAGCACGUGGUGGACAUCGAGGAGAAGGGCGUCAAGCUGCGCCUGACCAUUGUGGAUACGCCGGGCUUUGGUGACGCCGUCAACAACACUGAGUGCUGGAAGCCGGUGGCCGACUACAUCGACCAGCAGUUCGAGCAGUAUUUCCGUGACGAAAGUGGCCUCAACCGGAAAAACAUCCAGGACAACCGCGUCCACUGCUGCAUCUACUUCAUCUCGCCCUUUGGCCAUGGGCUCCGGCCCCUGGACGUGGAGUUCAUGAGAGCCCUGCACCAGAGGGUGAACAUCGUGCCUGUGCUGGCCAAGGCUGACACUCUGACCCCCACCGAGGUGGAGCGCAUGAAGAACAAGAUCCGGGAGGAGAUUGACCACUACGGCAUCCGUAUCUACCAGUUCCCUGAGUGCGACUCGGAUGAGGAUGAGGAGUUCAAGCUCCAGGACCAGGCACUGAAGGAGAGCAUCCCCUUUGCCGUCAUCGGUAGCAACACGGUCGUGGAGGCCAAAGGCCGGCGCGUCCGUGGGCGCCUCUACCCCUGGGGCAUCGUGGAAGUGGAGAACCCGUCCCACUGUGACUUUGUGAAGCUGCGGACGAUGCUGGUGAGGACCCACAUGCAGGACCUGAAGGACGUGACACGGGAAACCCACUACGAGAACUACCGCACGCAGUGCAUCCAGAGCAUGACCCGCAUGGUGGUGAAGGAGAGGAACCGCAAGUACGGGGCCGGGAGCGGGGUGCCAGGCUAG